UCUUCUUCUUCUUCUUCUUCUUCUUCUUCUUCUUCUAUUCCACAAAAGACUUCUAGUUAUGAUGCAUCGUCAUGAAUUCACUGUCUCAGCUUCAGGAAGAGUAAAAUUUUCUUACUGUAUGUGAGUCACAGCGUGUCACCAAGAUGCCAAUCCGGAACCAGGAGUCUUUCAAAGAUUCUGCUAGCGGAGAUGCUCUGCCAAAGCUGCCGUUGCCCAGCCUCAGUGAGACUCUGGACACAUACCUGAGAUGCAUGAAGCACCUGCUCACUGAAGAACAAUUCAACAAGACCCAGAACAUCGUGAAGCAAUUUGGAGCUCCUGGAGGAGUGGGAGAGCUGCUGCAGAGCAAACUUGUGGAGAGGAGGGAGAAAAAGGCAAACUGGGUUUAUGAUUACUGGCUGAACGACAUGUACCUGAACAACAGACUGGCUCUGCCCGUCAACUCGAGCCCUGCAAUGGUUUUUCCCCAACAGAACUUCAAAGCUCCCAUCGACUCUUUAAGGUUUGCUGCACACUUGAUUUCAGGGGUUUUGGAGUACAAGACUCUUCUUGAUGCUCGUGCCCUGCCUGUGGAUUACGCCCGGGGCCAGUUGUCUGGUAAACCCCUGUGCAUGGAGCAGUACUACCGCCUCUUUACGUCAUAUCGCCUACCGGGGCCUGACAGGGACACACUGGUGGCCCAGGAGAGCAGCGUGAUGCCAGAGCCUGAACACAUCAUUGUGGCUUGUAAGAACCAGUUCUUCGUUCUGGAUGUGGUGAUCAAUUUUAGGAGACUGAAUGAAAAAGAUCUGCUGACUCAGCUGGAAAAGAUAUCCAAGAUGGCUAGCAGUGAGGAUGAGCCUGUUCCACCUAUCGGUCUUCUCACGUCAGAUGGACGGACAGAGUGGGCGGAGGCUCGCAGUGUACUAAUGAGAGAAUCAACCAACCGAGACUCCCUGGACAUGAUAGAGCGAUGUUUGUGCCUGGUUUGUUUGGAUGACGCAAGUGGAUCUGAGCAAAGCGAUACGACACGCGCCGCAAUGAUGCUGCACGGUGGCGGACCGAGCAAGAACGGAGGCAACCGCUGGUACGACAAGCCGAUGCAGUUUAUUGUAGGAGCUGACGGCUGCUGUGGAGUCGUGUGUGAACACUCUCCGUUUGAAGGAAUUGUUCUUGUGCAGUGCUCAGAGUAUCUCCUUAAAUACAUGAUUGGCAGCCCAUCAAAGCUGGUCAGGGCUGCGAGUGUGAGCGAACUGCCUGCGCCACGCAGACUGCGCUGGAAAUGUUCUCCAGAGAUGCAAAAACUUCUCAUCUCCUCUGCUGACGGGCUCCACAGACUGGUGAAGAACCUGGACAUGAACGUCCACACAUUCUCUGACUACGGGAAAGAGUUCAUCAAGAAGCAGAAAAUGAGUCCGGAUGCCUACAUCCAGGUCGCUCUGCAGUUAGCAUACUAUCGGUGUCACGGCAGAGCGGUGUCAACAUACGAGAGCGCUUCCACGCGUCGCUUUCAGCAGGGCAGAGUUGACAACAUUCGCUCGGCCACACCUGAAGCUUUGGCCUUUGUUAGAGCAAUGACUGAUAUGAAGCUCACCUCAAGAGAAAUGGAGAAGAUGGAGUUGUUGCGAUGUGCCAUAAAUACGCAGACAAAGUAUACCGUCAUGGCGAUUACUGGGAUGGCAAUAGACAAUCACCUGCUGGGUCUGCGUGAGGCGGCUCGCGAAAUGAAAAUGGAGAAACCCGAGAUCUUCAAAGACGACGCUUAUCUCAUCAGUAAUCACUUUAUUCUCUCAACAAGUCAGGUCCCAACAACUGUAGAGAUGUUCUGCUGCUACGGACCAGUGGUGCCCGAUGGAUACGGCGCUUGCUACAACCCUCAGUCAGACCACAUCAUCUUCUCAGUGUCCAGUUUCCACGAGAACCCGCAGACGUGUUCAGUGAAAUUUGUCAAGUGCUUGGUGCAGGGACUUCAGGACAUGAUGGAUCUGUGCAACAGGUGCAACGGUGACCCCGACCCGGCCGAGCAAAGACGAAACAAUCAGACGACGGAAACAAAGGGUAAAACAUCACAAGACUCGACCAAGAGUCAACCAACAAAUCCACAGGUUCUGGUGAAAAGUCCAGAGCCAUCUUUUACAGAGGCCCGAACCCGGACUUCGGCAAAAGGAAAGUUCUAAAGGAAAAAAAAAAAAAAAAAUCAAUCUGAGAAAACUGUGCCACUAACAUUACCUGUGGUGUGUGUUGAAGUGUAUUAU